AUGGAGAUGGACUCAACUCCGAAAACAAAAAGAAGCUGUGAAAGCUUACAUUUCAACGCAAAGCUUGAAGAACAAACAGUUGAGGAUUUUAAACAAGAGAUUGACUAUAUUGGGUUAGACCCAAUUAAGAUCAAGACAAUUAAUGCCCAGCAGAUGUUUAACCUCUAUCAGAUUUUCCCUAAGGUCUUUGUGUGAGAUAUGAGGAGUGAGGAGCAUUACCAAAACUGCCACUUUAAAUCAUCCAUAAACAUUUCACUAGAAAAGGCAAUGAAAGAUGACUUCAUUAAUUUCGAUGCUAAAGAGUUCAUGUCUAAAUUCAUCGUCAAGGACGAGAACAAAGAGAAGUUCAAGAACAGAAAAAGAUCGGUCGUAGUCAUCGUAGCACACAGAGUCUGCUCUGUUGAGAUCUUCAAAAAUCUACAUCAGCUUUAUGAUCAUGAUAAAGUUGAAGAAAUGAAAAAAAAAUAUUCCUCACAGGACAUCCUUGCUACGAAAAAUUCUAUCUUACUUUACAAAGCUUUCAAGCAGGAGAAGACCCGAGAAGUGUAUAUCUGUCGGAAUAGUUUCAAUGCUAUCCAAGGGAAGUACCCCUUCAUGUGCAAGUUCAAGGGACAUAGUAUUUACAUGGAUCCAAAGAAAUGUAAUGGUUACCCUAGCGAAAUUAUCGAUAGAAGACUUUAUCUUGGAGAUGCAACCCAUGCGAAAAAUCCUACAAUAAUGUACAACUUGGGUAUCACUCAUAUCCUGAAUGUGUCGACCAACAUUCCGAAUACUUUUGAGGAUUCGAAAGGUAUGAACAUUAACUAUUGAAAAAUAAAUUUGGAAGAUACGGAGGAUGCACCGCUGGAUAACCAUCUGUUCAAAACAGCAUUUGAGUUUAUUGAGACAGCAAUCUCCAAGAAGAAGACUCAUAAAAUGAAACUCUACAGCACAAAAUUCGACCUUGUGCAGAACUUCUCUGAUUUCAGGAAGAAGUCGAUGAUCCUAGUCAACUCAGCAGCCGAGAUCAAUGAUAUAGAGCUCGAUUUGGGCCAGAUGAAAGUUAGUGAAGUUUUGAAUAAAACAUUUGAUAAACUUUUUGACAUUGAUUCUCUAUGCCAAGUCCAAAUGCAUCAUAGUAACAACCAGAAUAGAGUCCUUGUUCACUGUGCGAUGGGCAGAUCAAGAUCUGCCUCCAUGGUGAUCAUGUAUCUAAUGAGAAAGUUCCAAAUCUCAUUUGAAACCUCUUUUAAUAUAGUUAAAUUGAGAAGAGAGAUCAUAGACCCCAACGAAGGGUUUAUUGCCAAGCUCAAAGCUUUCGACGGCCACUCAGUUGAGUUAAAGAUUCAAGAGUCAAAUGAAGAAGAUGUAUAUUCACAAGCGAGUGAAACUUCAUCAGACUCUUCAGAAGAGGAUCUUUUAGAAAAAGAUCACGUUUUCUAUUCAGAGGUCAAAAUAAGCCCUAUUUUAAUUUAG